AUGGAGCAGCUCUCGAGGAAAUUCGGAAAAAAAUCUUUCUUUCCGGGUCGUAAUACCCAAGUUGUUUCACUCGUUGAUAGCAUCCUCUUGAUCACAAUGGCCAAAAGCUCCUUCAAACUAGAGCAUCCUCUGGAGAGGCGACAAGCUGAAGCUGCUCGUAUCAGAGAAAAAUAUCCUGACAGAAUUCCGGUUAUUGUGGAAAAGGCUGAAAGAACUGACAUACCCGACAUUGACAAGAAAAAGUAUCUGGUACCUGCUGAUCUGACUGUAGGCCAGUUUGUUUAUGUGGUCAGAAAGCGUAUUAAGCUCAGUGCUGAAAAGGCCAUUUUUAUCUUUGUCAAGAAUGUUCUGCCACCUACUGCUGCUAUGAUGUCUGCAAUAUAUGAAGAAAACAAAGAUGAGGAUGGGUUUUUGUACAUGACGUACAGUGGGGAGAAUACGUUUGGAUUGUUUUGAAGUGCAUGCUAAUGGAAAAAGGUUGAUGAUUGAUGUGAUGUGAAUAUGGUGAUUUGGGCAACAUGAAUAUGUACAUUCUUACUCUAUUAUGGUUAUUUGGAUACUUUUCUAUUAGGUUCAGGCCUAUGUCUUCUCUUUGCUUUUUCCUUGAUUUGGCAAUUUGAAAUGUUUUUACUUUUUAUGUUGGAAGUUGGAAUUAGUUGAUGGUAAUGUGAAUGAAUGGUGUUUGCUUAGUG